AUGCGUGGUUUUAUUGUGGUCGUCUUGCUGGUGGCGGUGGCUGUGAGUCUUCAGGCAGCAGUGGCCGAGAGCAGUCUCAGGUACUCUGAACGCGAGGUGGUGUUCGAGCUGGCGGCGCAGAUCCUGCGCGUGGCCCAGGGACCCUCGGCCUUCGCGGCGGGACCUCACAAGCGCAACUCCGAACUCAUCAACUCCCUCCUUGGACUCCCCAAGGUCAUGAACGACGCCGGAAGGAGAUAAACAAUAUCAGUAAAUCUACAGUAGAAGAGGAUCAUGGACAUAAUGACCCCUAUUACUUCCCAUAAUAUUCUAUCCUUUAUGUCUUGAUAAAACAAAUGUUGCAACAUUGACUCUUGUUUUUUAUCUGUUUUGUGAGAUGCUGAAUAAAAU